AUGGCAUCCGCGAGACUUCGCAAAGCAUUUCGCUAUCCGGAUGACUCAGGUGAUGACAUUGCUCGAGAGGAACUAGACGACGAAGAACAAGAACGUGUAAUCAAGAACCUGAAAAUGCAAAAUGAGGAACGAGAUUCGCAGUACAGUCUCAUUUUCGCUGCAAUUCCCCUCUUGUCGAUAAUAGUAUUUGUCCCAUCGCUGCUAUCCUCGCAUGCGCGAGGGCUUUUCACACGGAUUUUGUCCCUUGUCAGCAUAAUAUCACUAUUAGCUACCGCCUAUACAAUAAGAUAUGUCCCGCCGCAACGUCCCGACCCAAAGGGCAAGAGGCCUGUACGACACCCGGACCUCUCAGCGCAUGUACGGAGGUAUAUAAUUCCAGGAAAUUCCGGAAUAAGUGCUUUCUUGAUGUUGGUAUACGUCUUUUCCUCGGAGGCGUCUAUUGGGGUCCAGCCUGUUGUGUACCUCGUUCCUGUCGCUUUACUAACCACUAUUUUGAUUGUUCGCCACGUUAUGGUGUCUGUUGAUCUCAAACCGCUGGAAGAUCUUCGAUAUGAGUACAAAGGAGCCUAG